AGCCACGCCACCACCACCUGUUGCGUUCGCGCCGCCGCCAUCUCGCCGGAACCCUAGCCCAUCAGUCGGGUCUCUCCCAUGGCGCCGAAGAAGGACAAGGCCCCUCCGCCGUCCUCGAAGCCGGCCAAGUCCGGCGGAGGCAAGCAGAAGAAGAAGAAGUGGAGCAAGGGGAAGCAGAAGGAGAAGGUGAACAACAUGGUGCUGUUCGACAAGGCCACCUACGACAAGCUUCUCUCCGAGGUGCCCAAGUACAAGCAGAUCACCCCCUCCGUGCUCUCCGAGAGGCUCAGGAUCAAUGGGUCGCUUGCUCGACAGGCCAUCAAGGAUCUCGUGUCAAGAGGUUCCAUCAGGGUGGUGUCUGUCCAUUCGAGCCAGCAAAUCUACACUAGAGCCACCAAUGCUUGAGGCAUAAGCUUUCGCUCAAAAAAAUGGUUGAAGCAUAAGCAGUCUAGACCAUGCAACAACCGAAAAACUAUUGUACGACCUUUGUUGGUCCUGAAAAAGAAAUGGAAUUCUAAUGCUUAUGACAGUUGCAACAUGAUAGAUAGUUUAUUUUUACUGAAAUGCUAUGUUCAACCAGCUGGCUAUUUUACUUAAUGGAAUGCAAUUCUCACUA